AUGCUCAUUGAGCUUGCUAAAAAUACGUCAAAAGAUAUUCUGUUUAAGGUUGCGCUAACUGCACAGUCCUUACAGGAUGAUGUGGAACUCGUUGAAGAUUCGGUAAGUGAAGAAUCCAGUUCAGGUGACGAGGAACCGGAGGAAAAUGACAUAAUUUUGAAGGACGACGAAAAGCCGAAGUGUGCCUUUAUAGACGAUGAGGCGGAGGAAUCGGAUGGUGGUGAGGAUGACGAUGAGGCGGAGAAAUCGGAUGGUGGUGAGGAUGACGGUGAGGAGACAAUUUUGGAGGAGGGGCUAAAGAUUGACUCU